AUGUCCGGAGGCGGGGAGAGGGUUUACAUCCCGGAUGACUCCGACUUCAGCUCCUUCAGGGCUCAGUGUGAGAGCCUGGAGGGUUGGCACUGCCGCUACAACAAGGCUGGCAUCACGGUCUGGAGUCAGGGCCAGGAGGAGAGCUGCACCGUGCAGAAAAUCAAGACUCGGCUCUGCUGCAAGGAUGUCCCUGCCGAGACCCUCUACGAUGUGCUGCACGACUCUCACUACCGCAGCAAGUGGGACUCCAACAUGAUCGAGACCCACGACAUCGGCCGCCUCACCGUCAACGCCGACGUGGGCUACUACUCCUGGAAGUGCCCAAGCCCCCUGAAGAACAGAGACUUCGUCACCCUGCGCUCCUGGCUGCCCCUGGACGGCGACUACAUCAUCCUCAACUACAGCGUCAAGCACCCGAAGUAUCCACCCAGGAAGGACUUUGUGAGGGCUGUGUCCCUGCAGACAGGUUACCUGGUCAAGGCCAAUGGAGCCAGGGCCUGUGUCCUCUACUACCUCACCCAGGUGGACCCCAGGGGGUCGCUGCCAAAGUGGGUGGUGAACAGAGUCUCCCAGAUCCUGGCACCCAAGGCCAUGAAGCAGAUCUACAGGGCAGGGCUGCGGUACCCGGAGUGGAAGCGGCACCACGACCCCUGGUACAAGCCCUGGGUGUACCCUGAGCAGAGCUCUGUGCCCAGCCUCAGCCUGGCAGAGCUCUCCCUGCAGCGAGCAGACUCCCUGGAGUGCGUAGACGAGGCAGGGCUGCCCGAGGAGCCCCCUGGCACCAGCGACCCCCAGGACUGAGACCCUCC